AUGUCCCAAUCUUCGAUUCGUAGUCAAGGUAAAGCUAAGUGGGAAAACAAAUCAUUAAUGGCAUACGAUUGUUCAAUAUGUAUGACUGAUAAUACGAACGAAUUGUUAGAACUACCAUGUGGUCAUAAUCUAUGUUUGUCAUGUCUUCAUAUGAUCUGUGCUCAUUCAGCAUUGUCAUGUCCAUUUUGUCGUUGCCGAUUGUCGACAUGGCUUCGUCACAAUCCUGAUUAUUCGAAAUUGAUUAUCCAGCGAGACAUCGUAGCAACAGUUGAUGUUGUGCCUAAACGAAAACGACCAGGACGACCUCCAAAACGAUCGAUCAUUGAACAACAGGAGCAAUUUAAAUAUCAUCGUCGAACAUCAAAAUCACAGUUGGGAGAUGCUUAUAUCUAUGCCGAUCGCUUAUUAGCUAAACAGCUUCACAAUGAACAAAUGAAAGAAUUUCGUCGUACAUACGGACGGAUUACACGAUCGAUGGCCAAAAAAAUGAUCACAUUAUAA